UGUUAGCAUAUAAAAGAGACUUUUCCUGUCAGUUGAGAGCUAUCUCAUUCUGGGGUUAGUAACACGUUAGAUGACCAAUAUUUAUCUGUUUUCAUUUUAAACACGCAGGUAAUAAGUUGAGGUCUGAGUCGAGGAACUGCAGAACGCACACUGUCAGAGGAGAAACAUGUCUGCUGCAAGAAAAAUGCUCCAGGAGGCCUUGUGCUGCUACACCGCAGAUACCCUCAUCGACAUCGAUACAGUGAAAGAAUUCUGUGAGCAGAGUUCUAAAUGGAUACUAAAGAGGGAGAAAGAGGUGGAUAUAAUGAAGGACAUCAAAACCAGGGCAGAUAACAUUGACCUCAGCAUCGACCAUGUUACCAAGUCACAGACCAAAGGUAAAGCCUUUCUGGAAUAUAUGAAGAGCAAGGUAACCCAGGGUACUGCAGACAGGAGGCGAGCAGAGCUGGAGAAGGAACUGGAUGCUCUGCUGAAGUCCACUCUGGAAGGCCUGGAGGAGCUCGACUGCUUCUUGGAUGCGGUGGAGAAUCUGGCGGUCACCUCACUUCCUUUGUUCAUGGAAGAGAACCAGGUGUUACAUCUGCCUGAAGGGAUCAGCCCUGUAACGGUUCAGCUUGUCAUCAUUGCUGCACGGAUGAUCUGCCCUCACCUCCUCAAGUUUAAAAGAGAUGCAGACGCCUUCUUCCGCCCCAAACUUCAGAAUGUGGAAGUGCUGGCAUAUCAGCUGGACAAAUACAUAAGGACCACCGAGAACAUCUGUGAGAAGUUAGAGAAAAGCUCCUUCUGUGACUUUUGCCUGAAGAUGAACGACGAUACACUGGUAGAACUCGCUGUGGAUUUGUCUGAAGACGACACACAAAGGAUGCUUCAUCACAUUAAUCAGCUCGAGGAACUCAGGAUGAACCAGAGCUUCCGGAUGGUGUUCUUGUUUCAGGGGGACGAACCCUGCUCUGAUUUCAUCAAUACGUUUAAAAAGCAAAAGCAGAGGAUGGAACAGUCUCUCAAGGACCUGGAGGAGCAUGCUGUUCAGUUAGACAGGAUGAAUAAGGGAGCAAAGAUCUCCAGUGUGGCAGGCAGCUCAGUGGGGGCAGUAGGAGGUGUGCUCUCCAUCGUUGGUUUGGCUUUAAUUCCUGUAACAGCUGGAGUGUCUUUGGCUCUGACAAUGACCGGGUUAGGCAUGGGAAUUACCAGCGGAGUCAACGGCGCUGUCACCACCGCCACAGAGAUUGGAGUAAACCUUAAACAUCAAAGCAAAGCCAAAGAAGUGUUUGAGAGCUUCAUGGAGGAUGUGCAGUGUCUCCAGGAUUGUCUGGAGGUCGUCACCAAAAGAGAAGCAAUCCCUGUUGUUCUCGGGGUCGGCAAGGUGCUAGCUAAAGCUUGUGUUAUUGGAAACGGUAUUGACUCAUUAGUUGAUGCAGCCUCUGCUUUCAAGCUGUUAAAAAGGGAAGAGCUGGCUAUGAGUGCUGGUAAAGUGGCAGUGCAGGAAGGGAAAGCUUUACGCAGCGUUCGCAGCAUGGCGGCAGAUAUCCCAGAUAUCGGUCAGGCAGCAGUCAAAGGGCCUCUUGCCCUCUCCAAGUCAGUCAGGGCCGGUCUCAUUGGGCUCAAUGCUCUGUUCCUCGGCAUGGAUAUCAUCUUUAUCUGUAAAGAUAGCAUCAGUCUGGCCAAAGGAAGCGAGACUGAGGUCUCACAGUUUAUCAGAGCCAGAGCAGCACUUUGGAGAUCAGAGGUGGAUUCAAUGCAGAUGAUCCAUGACCUCCUCUGCGAAGGUUUGAAGAUAUCGGAAGAAAACAAGGCUAUCCUGGAGACACCAAUUUUUCCAGAGAGGAAAAAAAAGCUUUGUUUAAUACAGUAGUGAACACCAAACAAAGACACCUACUGAAUUUUAGUAUUUUUGCCAAAUCUGGAUAUGAAAUCUGUAUAAUCACAUAUGAGAUGAAUUUUAACUGCUACAGCUCACUGUUCACCACAUGUAUCUUUGACGUCAUUAACCUUUUUUCAAACCUGUUUCAAUAUAACGCAUUUAAGAGUUGCUAUUGCUAUGUAAAAAUGUUAAAUAAAACAAUCAAUAAAUCAAUAAAUCAAUGACAUUGUGUAUACAACCCAAUACCACAAAUUACACAUUUGUAUAAGGGGGCUUCACAGACUGUACAGCAUACAACACGCUCUGUCUUCAGACCCAUGCAGACAAGAGAAACUCCACAAUUAACUAAUUAACUAAUUAAUUAGUAAAAAUGAGAGAAACGUCCGGAAGCAACUGAAGAGGGAUCGGAAGGACGGACAGAUGUGCAAAAGAUGUUGUGUGUACAGAAUAAAUGAAGAACAUUCUAUAAUUUGUAUGAUCUGCAUUAUUUGUAUGUAUAAUUCUAACUAUAUUUUUUUCUUGUACAAAUUAAUCAAUAAAGUUUUAAGUAGUUAAA